UUAGCGGCGGUCAAGAUCUCCUCGACGGCAUCGAAAAGGCUGCAAUUCAAGAUGAACCGCUGGCAAGGUCAGGUGGCCGUCGUCACCGGCGCUAGUGCAGGUAUCGGUGCAUCCAUCGCGGAGAAAUUGGUCAAAGAAGGACUCAAGGUCGUGGGCAUCGCUAGGAGAAAAGAACGAGUCGAGGAACUUGGCUCGAAACUCGCCAAUGAACCGGGAAAACUCUACGCGGUCCGAGCCGAUCUAACGAAGAAAGAGGACAUCCUCGAGGCCUUCGAAUGGAUAGAAAACAACGUCGGACCCGUCAGCAUUCUGAUCAACAACGCCGGUAUCGGCAGAAAAACCAACCUCAUAGACGGUAACAUAGAGGACUGGUCCUUGGUGCUGGACACCAACGUGCUCGGACUGGCCAUAGCCUCGCGCCAGGCGAUCCAGAGCAUGCGCAAACACGCCGUCGACGGGCACAUCGUCAACAUCAACAGCACCGCCGGCUACUACGUGCCCUCCGUGCCCCACAUCAACGUUUACCCGGCCUCCAAGUUCGCCGUGACCGGCAUGACGCAGACGCUGCGCAAGGAGCUCAUCGCUUUGGGCAGCAAGAUCAAAGUUUCGAGCGUCAGUCCCGGAUUCGUGGAGACCGAAAUAUUCCAAGCCGGCGGGUACACUCAGGACGAAGAGAUGAAUAAGUUGCUGGGAACCCUGCCGUCUUUGAAAGCUGAGGAUGUGGCCAAUGCUGUUUUGUACGUCUUGGGUACUCCGCCUAAUGUGCAGGUUACCGAUCUUCUUGUUACACCGUUGGGGGAAUUUGUUUGAUUUCGUUAAUUCGAUAUCUUAAUGGGUUUUGAAGGUAAUAAAAUUGAAAUACAAAUUG